UUGAUUUGUACUUUUUGUGACCAAUAGCACAGAUUACAGAGUGCGUCCGACAUGUAAACGCCUCCUUAUCGCCUUCCUGUCUCAAAGUGCAACCCCCGGAAGAUUAGAAAACAGUUUAUGUGAAAGUUCACCAGGUAAAAGGACGUUUUUACAUACCUCAACCACAGAUUGACUUUCACACACUUGUGCUCUAUAUGCUUUGCGGGAAAAUUACAGUAGCGUUGCUUUCGAGUCGCUGUUCCAGAUUGUUUUUAAAAAAUGAGUCGAGGAGGUGAAAUGACCGAGGAAACUUCCAAAGCUCCAGUUUUCUCUCCGGGAAACGCUGCAGACCAACGGAAGAGGAUGAAAAUUAUUUUAAUCGUGUAUAUACUCGCCGCUUUGGAUAUCACCUGGAUGUUUUUACAGUUUUCUGUAACACCGUAUUUGGCGAAAAAACUUGGAUUCGACACCUUGUGGUUUGGUUAUUUGCAAACUACAGUGGGUGUGAUUCAGCUGACUGGGGGUCCCAUGUUUGGAAGGUUUGCAGAUCUUUUCGGGGCACGAGCAGCCUUGUCUCUGGCAUGUGCUGCAACUGUCGUGUUCUUUGUGCUCCUAGCCAUCGCAGAUCAUCCCAUCUUACUGUUUAUCCACAAACUCCCCACAAUCUUUAUGCACGUCAUGCCUGCUUGUCAGAUGGUGGUUACAGACCUGUCAGAACCGGAGAAACGGGCUGACGCUUUAUCCAAGCUUGGCUUGUGUUUUGGCGUCGGUAUGAUAGCCGGCUCCACUUUAGGCGGACAGCUGGUCACACGCUAUGGGGAGACGUUCACUGCAUGUGUUGGUGCCGCAGGGAGUGCCUUCAGUUUGUUCAUGGUUUUAACUUUCAUCCCAAAAUCUACGAAAGCUGAGGCCUCUAGAAGCAGCACGGAAUCUGAGAGCCAAAACAAGAAAGUAUUCAGUCUGGGAGAGAUCACAAGACUGAUGAAGUUUCCAAGAGUGAUGAGAAUUUUUCUCAUCAAAGCUGUUGCAGGUUUGCCAUCAGGCAUAUUUCAGGUGAUGUUCUCGAUCAUUGCGCUGGACUUCUUCAAGCUGCUGCCUGAGCAGAACGGCUACCUUAUGACCUUCUUUGGCAUCGCUCAAAUGGUUGUUCAGGGAGGAGUAAUUGGUCGACUCACAGCGAGAUAUUCGGAGAAAUCGCUGCUGCUAUUGUCCAUCGGAGUUGCAUCUUGCGUGGGACUGGCUCAGGCUUACAUGCAGAAUGUGUUCCAGUUCUGCAUCACCGUCACCCCGAUGAUCUUUUCCAUAAGUGUGUUUAAUAUUAUCACCGACAGCAUGCUCACCAAGAGCGUCCCCUCCUCUGACACAGGAACAAUGCUGGGGCUGUGUGCAUCUGUCCAAUCCCUUGUUCGCACAAUAGGACCGACGAUUGGCGGCUAUCUAUAUGUAAAAUACGGCGUCUCCUCCAUCGGUUUUACCCAGUUUGUAGUGAACACCACUGUGUUUGUUUACCUCAUGUACAGACAGCUCAGGACGAAAGUAAAGGAGGGGGAGUAAAAAACUCCAAAAC